UAGAGUCGUCGCACAGCUGUCAAGCUGUGCAGAACGUCGUUGUCGUCGACGGAACGUGAAAACAACGAUUGCAAAGUGGAACGACUAGUCGGCGUCGACAGUGUGAAACGAAAGGAAAACGACGUGCCAGCGCGAUGACAAUCCAUAACUUGUACAUCUUCUCGAAAACUGGCACGUUAUUGUACUAUGCCGAGUGGAACAGAUUGAAUAAGUCGGGGAUAACGAGGGAGGAGGAAGCAAAAUUAAUGUAUGGAAUGCUGUUUUCCAUGAAAUCGUUUGUAAAUAAAAUCUCACCAUUGGAUCCUAAGGAGGGCUUUCUAUAUUACAAGACGGGCAAAUAUACGCUUCAUUAUUUUGAAACACCUUCAGGUCUUAAGUUUGUCUUGAAUACUGAUAAUGCGAGUCAAAAUGUUAGAGAAUUGUUGCAGCAAUUAUAUAGAGAAGUCUACUUGGAAUACGUUGUAAAGAAUCCAUUCUGCCAAUUAAAUGAACCUAUACAAAGUGAAUUAUUCAAAGUAAAGGUAGAUGAACUAUUUAAAAAAUCUCCUCUAUUUCUAAGUCGAUCGUUGUAGAUAAUAAUAUAAAAAUAAAUUUUUAUACAUAAAAA